AACUUCGUUCAUUGAAUAAGUCCGUCAAGUACACUGGGGAUAGUGUAUGGAGGGACGUAAACAUCAUAACUGCCUUUUGUUAUUGCCUUCUUGCUAAGAGUGUUUCCCAUAGGUAGAAAGGGCAAUUUUGGAGUGGGCGCUUGGGAGAGGUUGGGCGCGCAUGUUCGAUUUAAAUCUGCACUGGCUGGGGCUUAUUAGACGGGGGCUAUUAAGAGGGGCUGGGGGCUAACCAGAGGCCAUGAUGUAAGUGUCUGCUGGUCAUCUAGAAACCUUCUUCUAUCCGUUUUUUGGCUACCGUGCGAUCUCAUUUUACCAUGAACAUUCUCAGCAAGAGAAUCUCGCUUUCGUUUAAUUUCCAGGACAGUUCUACGCCCAUACGCAUAAAGAUGAUUUCCGUCUUCAAAUCCUCAACACAGAAGACGAGAAAACGUCCACAAAGUCCUUUGUUCUACAAACUGCCUCCGUAUCGCCCAUCUACUCAAAUAAUCCCGCCUUCAAGGUGUUUACCAUGAGGACAGAUAUACAGGCGCUGGUCGAUUACGAUCAGCAUUACUUGGACUUGGAGAUAGCCACAGGUAUGUAAAUGUUGACUUUUCGCUACAUGUUAGGUAAUCCAAGACAGUCUUGGAUUCUAGAUUCAACACUGUAGAUUCCGGAUUCCAGUUACUAGAUUCCGGAUUCCAGGUACCGAUUCCAUAUCUUUUAUCAGUGGAAAUGGAAUCCGGAUUCCAAUCGUUAGCAGAUUCCGGGUGCCUUAAGCUGGAUUCCGGAUUGCAAAGCUAGGAUUUAGGAUUCCAAGAGAAAACAGUUACCUGAGUCUGAAUUCCAUAAGCAAAACUUGCCAGUAAUCCGGAUUACCCUUCAUGGGGCGGAUCAUUAUACGUCUCUGGGAAACUGCCCACCUACCCCUCCCCUAAGCCAACAUUUUGCCGUAAGUGAGAGGUAAGUGUUAUUGUUGGCUUAAGGGAGGGGUAGGUGGGCAGUUUCCCAGAAACGUAUAAUGACCCCAUGGGGCGAGAAUUAAAAAUAAGAGGAACACGUCCGACAGGUAGUGAUUUUACUGCAUGAUAAGUCACGUGUUUUUUGGGUACACGAGGAAAAAACGUCAGAGCGAGGUAUAAAAUGGAUACCAGUUACCGGCCACGAAAAGCCCCUGGAAUAAACUUUGCAAGGACAGCUUAAGCGUUCUCAAAACAAAGAAUACAGAGAAUACUUUGAUGAAAGAAGUCUGUAUUGAAGAGCCACUGGCCAAGGAGUUUAACCUGCAUACAAUUUGUCUUGAAACCGUCUUAGGAAUGACUUUUUAAACUGAAAUGUGAGAUAGGGAUCAGCACUGGUUACGAAAGACGACGAUUAAAGUUGUGGGUCUGCAUCGUCGUUUUGGAAAGGCAGUAUACCUGUGUUUCUUAGUCGAAAUUCUACCAUUAUAUGUACAUUUAAUAACCACAGAGCCAUUCUUGUAGUGCCCCGUGGUGGAGCAAAGCGUUAAUUUGCCUUCUUGCACCACGUUAUGUUUGCCUUUAAUGCUCGACCUUUGAACCUUUAUCCAAGAAGUACGAGUACGCUUAGGUUUCACAGCGCUAAUUUAAUUAAUUCUGUUCUUGCAGAGUUCUCUAACCCGGUGUGGAAAUUUGACUACACCUUCAGCAAAAGAUACCCGUCCAAAAACAAGCUGAUCAACGCCAACAGAAUUGAUGAGCUCAGCCAGAAACUUAUCAGUCAAACCGAUGCUCAGUACUGGAAUGGCUAUUUCAUGGGCACAACAGCUAACUACUUUCCCAGCCAUUAUGAUCGUUUUGGGCUUUAUUGUAUCGUGAGAUAUGUCCUAGAAGACGAUUUCCAUCGGUGUUACGAUAACUUUAAGGUGCACAAUUAG